UUGGAGCUAGAUGGGGUUGCCAUCUCCUACAAUGCGUCGAUCCGAGAGUAUAACCGGGGCCGAGCAGGGUACGUAGCUGAUGCCUUGGAGCAACCCCUACUCCUUCCUCGGGAUAUGGAGGCCUACAGGCGGUUCUCUCAGCCCGAGAUUUUCUUAUCCCUCAAAAGGGAUCUCGUGAUGAUUACUCAGCAGGUAUUUAUGGCGGAGGAGUUUUGUCGUGAUAAUCGCAGUCGGGCUGAGGCUGAGACUCAGUCUCGGACGGAGAUGGAGAAAGCCUUGGGGUCCCUCAAGCACGAUCACCUUGAACUCACGGAGAAGUUCAAGGAGUCGGAGAAACGGCGCAAGAGUGUAGAGGCCGGUUUGAAAAGUGCUGAGACCCAGGUGGAGGAACAGCGCAAAGAGCUGUACGCGACCCAGAUCAACCUUGCCACCGAGAAGCAGGCAAUGCUGGAUCUCAAGAUUGCCCUGCAAAAAGUCGAGGAUGAGCUGCGGCGAGUCAAAAAGGAGGCUCAGCUGAUCCGAGAGGCUGCAGAGGCUGAAAAGAGUGCUUCUCGCCAGCUCGGGGUCCAAGAAACGGAGGCCAGGCUAUCCGAGGAGAUCCCCGAGGUGUGCAGGGACUACUGCAGCAUCUCAUGGGCUCAUGCCCUUGAUGCUGCAGGAAUUCCUGGGGAUUCGGUGCUGAGAUUGCCCGAGAACAUCUUCUAUCCUCAGGAGAUCCGAGAGAAUCCUGAUGGCGCCCAAGCGGCUUCGGAGCAGGAUCUGGCGGUGCCUGAUGCCGUCCCUGUGCCUGAUAAAGCGAAGGAUCCUGCCACGGACCCUACCAUCGAGGCUCCUCCUCCUCAGCCAGAGCAGAAAGAAGAUCCUCCUGCUAAGGCUUAA